CCUCUUCUUUCAACUACGCACUUUUCUCUGAGACACUUUGGACUCUUUGGAUCCGCUCAGGACUCUGGACUGAGCAUGGAUCAGAGAGAGACCAGAGAGGACGCAGCCCCUCCCACCACCAGCAGGGCGGCGCUGGAGAGUGAACGCUCUAUUGGACGACUGAUUGAAUUUAAAAAGGAGCAUGGUCCACAGAUCCACCAGAAACAUCCUCCAUCUGAACCUGGUCCCAUCUGUGAGUCCCUCAGGAGUGACUGGUCUAUGGAAAGUCCACCUGUUUUUGCCAAUGACCCAGUGGAGCAGCAGGGUCCAGAGGUCUCCAAUGGUCAGCACCAUCAGACACAGCUGGACUCCAUAUUUAAGCUUCUGGAGGAGGACAUCUUCACUUUUGUCCAGAAGGAGCUGAAGAAGCUCCACAAGGUUCUGAGUACAGAUUACCCAGAAUUCUUAGAGCCUGUGGAGGAUGAGGAUGAAGAGCAGAGGAGCAGCAGUGAGGCUGUUCUGAAGAUCACACUGAACUUCCUGAGGAGGAUGAAUAAGAAGGAGCUGGCUGAGCGUCUGUGGAGCAGGACUUAUUCUGGAGUUUAUCGACGUAAACUUAAGUCUAACCUGCAGCAGAAGUUUGAGUGUGUGUUUGAGGGCAUCGCUAAAGCAGGAAACCCCACCCUUCUGAAUCAGAUCUACACAGAGCUCUACAUCACAGAGGGAGGGUCUUCAGAGGUCAACCAGGAACAUGAGGUCAGACACAUGGAAACAGCCUCCAGGAAACCAGACCAGGCAGAGACACCCAUCACAUGUGAAGACAUGUUUAAAGGCCCAGCUCACACACAUGGACCAAUCAGAACAGUGCUGACAAAGGGAGUGGCUGGCAUCGGGAAAACAGUGCUCACUCAGAAGUUCAGUCUGGACUGGGCUGAAGGCAAAGCCAACCAGGACAUACACCUGCUGUUCCCGUUCACUUUCAGAGCACUCAAUGUGCUGAAGGAGAGAAGCUUCAGCUUGGUGACACUUGUUCAUCACUUCUUUAGUCAAACACAAACAGAACUCUGCAGCUUUGAAGACCUCCAGGUGCUCUUCAUCGUUGACGGUCUGGACGAGUGCAGACUUCCUCUGGACUUCACCAAAACCAAGGCCCUGUCCGACCCCACAGAGUCCACCUCACUGCACGUGCUGCUGGUAAACCUCAUCAGGGGGAGCCUGCUUCCCUCCGCUCGCCUCUGGAUAACCACACGGCCUGCUGCGGCCAAUCAGAUCCCUGCUGAGUGCAUCUCCAUGGUGACAGAGGUCAGAGGGUUCACCGACCCCCAGAAGGAGGAGUACUUCAGGAAGAGGUUCAGAGACGAGGCCGACACAAUCAUCUCCCACAUCAAGACGUCCAGAAGCCUCCACAUCAUGUGCUACAUGCCAAUCUUCUGCUGGAUCGCUGCCACAGUCCUGGAGCAUGUGUUGAAAAGCAGAGAGAGAGGAGAGCUGCCCAAGACCCUGACUCAGAUGUACAUCCACUUCCUGGUGGUUCAGGCCAAAGUGAAGAACAUCAAGUAUGAAGGAGGAUCUGAGACAGACCCACACUGGAGUCCAGAGACCAGGAAGAUGGUGGAGUCUCUGGGAAAACUGGCCUUUGAGCAGCUGCAGAAAGGAAACCUGAUCUUCUAUGACUGUGACCUGAGCGAGUGUGGGCUGGAUGCUGCAGCGGCCUCAGUGUACUCUGGAGUGUUCACACAGGUCUUUAGGGAGGAGCCAGGCCUGUACCAGAACAAGGUCUACUGCUUCAUCCAUCUGAGUGUGCAGGAGUUUCUGGCUGCUCUUCACGUCCAUCAGACCUUCAUCAAUACUUGGAUCAACCUGCUCUCAGAGAAACAAACAUCACGGUCAAAUAUUUUUAGAAGGAAUUCAGUCCAGUUUUACCAGAAAGCUGUGGACCAGGCCUUGCAGAGUCCAAAUGGACACCUGGACCUGCUUCUCCGCUUCCUCCUGGGUCUUUCACUGUCGACCAAUCAGAGCCUUCUACAAGGUCUGCUGAAACAGACAGGAAGUAGCUCCCAGACCAAUAAGAAAACAGCUGAGUACAUCAAGAAUAAGCUGAGUGAGGAUGUGUCUGCAGAGAGGAGCAUCAGCCUCCUCCACUGUCUGAAUGAACUGAAUGAGCGUUCUCUGGUGGAGCAGAUCCAACAGUACCUGAGGUCAGGACGUCUGUCUGAAGGUGGACUGUCUCCUGCUCAGUGGUCAGCUCUGGCCUUCAUCUUACUGUCAUCAGAAGAAGAUCUGGAGCAGUUUGAGCUGAAGAAAUACUCUGCUUCAGAGGAGGCGCUCCUGAGGCUGCUGCCAGUGGUCAAGGCCUCCGACAAAGCUUUACUGAGCAGCUGUAACCUGUCAGAGAGAAGCUGUGAAGCUCUGUCCUCAGUCCUCAGCUCCCAGUCCUCUAGUCUGACAGUCCUGGAUCUCAGUCUCAACGACUUGAAGGACUCAGGGCUGAAGAUGUUGUCUGUUGGUCUGAAGAGUCCUCACUGUAAACUGAAACAGCUCAGACUGUCAGGUUGUCUGGUCUCAGAGGAAGGCUGUACUUCUCUGGCCUCAGCUCUGAGGUCCAACUCCUCCCAUCUGACAGAACUGGACCUCACCUACAACCACCCAGGAGACACAGGAAUAAAGCUCCUGUCUGCUCUACAGAAGGACCCUCACUGCGCACUGGACACUCUCAGACUGAGACCUGCUGGAGAACGAUGGAUGAAUCCGAUCAGGAGAUAUUUCUGUGAUCUCACUCUGGAUCCAAACACAGCUCACAGAAAACUCAAACUGUCUGACAACAACAAGAAGGUGACACGUGUGAGAGAGGAGCAGCCGUAUCCAGAUCAUCAGGACAGAUUUGAGAACUGGCCUCAGAUUCUGUGUUCCACUGGUCUGACUGGUCGCUGUUACUGGGAGGUCCAGUGGAGUGGAAGGGUUUAUAUAUCAGUGUCUUACAGAGGAAUCAGAAGAAAAGGAGACAGUGACAGUGGAUUUGGAAGCAAUGAUCAGUCCUGGAGUCUGCUCUGUUCUAAACAUGGUUUUUAUGUUUGGCAUAAUAACAAAGACAUCUCCCUCCCUCAGCCAUGGUCCUCCUCUUCUGGGAGAGUCGCAGUGUUUGUGGACUGUCCUGCUGGCUCUCUGUCCUUCUACACAGUCUCCUCUGACCAACUGACCCACCUCCACACCUUCAACACCACAUUCACUCACACUCUGAUCCCUGGGUUUAGGCUCCGGCCUGAAGACUCCUCAGUGUGUGUGUGUGCUCCGACAGACUCGCCCUCCUCUGUGUAAAAUACAACAGUCAAAUCUGUAGAAAAAUCACUUUGUAAAUGUUUUAUUUUGACUUGAUUUGAGCAGAGAUUUCUUUUCUGAUGUGUUAUUUCCUCUCAAAGACAAACUGCAGACAUCAGCCUCACACUAGUGUCUGUACUGAACAAAUCACUGUGUUCAAUAUGGACGUAAUGGAAAUUUAAAUAUUGUGUCAUUAUUUUACCUUUUAGAAAUCACAUGGUCUCGUAACUAAAACUAAUUUGGUUUGGUCGUCAAAGACAGUGUGAGAAAAACCUUUCAUGUCAACCCUUUUGUUCCCUCUUGGUGGCUAGACUUGUUAAGACGUGUUGUAAUGCAAGUGAAAGUGGAUGCAACCAGACCAUACAGUCGGCCUUCAAUCCCUCCCUAUUGACCCCCUGAGGGGACCCAGCUCAUGAAUGUGUCCAGGAGCUAGUCCGGCCAACACCUCAGCAGAAGUACCACACUCUCUCCCCUGAAGUGUUGCACAUCUAGUAUUGUUUCUACUCCACAUGCUACUUCACACCUUGUAUUGUCUCUACUCCAAAUGUUACCUCCUGAGGGGAACCGGCUCCCGAAUGUCUCCAGGAGUCGGUCUGACCACCCCUCAAUGGAAGUGUCACAUGCUUACUUUGAAAUGUAUGUCCUCUGGUCAUCUCAACCUAUAUAAACUGGGUGCUUUCCAGCAUUCAGGGUCUGACUUAAGGGGGAGAUGCUGUCGGACCUAUUUCUUGCAAGAAAUAAACUCUUGUCUAUGCUUCAACAUUCACCAGAGCCUGCAAAAGGAGUCUUAUUUCCACGACAAAGGACUUUCCAAACUCAUAAACAGGCACCACAUGCAGUAAGUGUACAGUCUGUAUAUGUGCUACUUUGGUCCUUGUUUGUUUGAUUGGGUUCAAUACUCCCAUAAGAAAGUAUGUUGUAUUUUUAUGUUCUGAGGCAGUGUUUUUGUCCAAUAAGAAGGAGGAGGAGACACAGUGGUGUAGACCAUAGUAAUUAGUACAUGUGGUCUUUUAUCAAUCAAAAUUUUCUGCAUUUAAAUGAAGAAAAAACAGAAUAUAUUUUGUUUGGUGAUUCUGUCCCCUUAAAUCUUGGCUCACUGACCUCAAGGCUCAGACCAACUGUUAAAAAUCUCGGGGUCAUUCUUGACAACGCUUUAAAAUUUGACAAACAAAUUGACAGCGUGGUCAGAGCAAGCUUUUUUCAGCUACGUCUUUUAACAAACGUUAAGCCAUUUUUAAACUGCAAUGACCUUGAGAAAACGAUUCAUGCUUUUAUCAACUCUAGAAUAGAUUAUUGUAACUCACUUUAUAUUGGUGUCUCUCAGUCGUCCCUGAGUUGCCUCCAACUUGUGCAAAAUGCUGCAGCACGAUUUUUAACCAACACAUCCAGACGCCAACACAUCACCCCAGUCCUUUAUUCACUCCAUUGGCUUCCUGUUACUUUUAGAGUUGAUUUUAAAAUUUUACUUUUUGUUUUUAAAGUUCUUAAUGGCCUCGCCCUGCCCUACUUGGCUGAACUGUUGGUCCGAAAUUCAAACCGGGCCUUGAGGUCAUUGGAUCAACUCCUUUUGGAAGUUCCAAAAACUAAAUACAAACACUGGGGUGAUCGGGCUUUCUCUGUGGCUGGGCCCAAACUCUGGAACAAACUGCCUCCUGAUGUGCGCACCAUUACUGACUUCGGUCUUUUUAAAUCCAGGCUUAAAACAUAUUUAUUCAGAUUGGCCUUCAACACCUAGUAAUGUUGUGACACAUUAUCAUUAUUUAUAUUUUGUUGUAUUAAUCUAUUUUAUUCUAUUUUAUUCUCCUAUUUUACUGUUUUAGUAUGAUUUUAACUUGUUUUAAUUUGAUUUUACUGGGAAGCACUUUGGUCACCUUGAGUGUUGUAAAGUGCUCUAUAAAUAAAUGUUGAUUGAUUGAUUGAUUAUCAACCUUUCUUCAACUUGGAGAAGCCGACCAGAGCCACACCAAACAAACUAAACCAUGAACUCAUAUAAACCGAUGGAAAUAUGAGUCUUGUGUUUUCAGCCACAAAUAAAAGACAAAAGUUC